AUGACUUCGUCACCUAAAUCCAAGCUCGACGCCCUCAAGAGGAUCAUCACCUCGUCCUCGUCCUCGCACCCGGACCAGUCACCGCCGCCCACCGACAACAGCCCCACGUCGCCGGCGACGACCACGCGAACGACCAAGUCGUGGCCCGAGCACGACGAGGUCGGCGAGAGCAGCCGCAUGGCCGAGGAACGCGGGAGCGACCCCGGCAACAGCAGCCCCGGCCCGAGCCUGAGCCCCAGGAGGAGCCGGUUCCACGAGGACAACGGGGCCGUCGGGGCGGCGGCGGCGAGGAGGGGCAGCGCGUUCACGGACGGGGAGAAUACCCUCGUCGGGGGGGAGACGACGAACGAGGGGGUGAAGAGGGGAGCUGAUGAGAGUGGGGACGAGAGGGAGAGGGUUGAGAGUUGGAGGGUGAAUAUCGUGCAUACUGCGGAGGGGGAGAAGCAGUGGGAGGAGGAGAGGCGGCGGGAGCUGGAGGCGCGGCGGGAGGAGGAGGAGGAGAAGGAGCCGGGGUUCGUGGAGGACGUGGUGGCGGUCUUGCGGAAGAUGGUGCACAAGAGGGAUCGCAAGGGGAAGGGGAAGGGGGUUGCCGCGUGCGAGUGUUGUCCGCAGCGGAAGAGGUCGUUUAGGAAGUUCAUGGAGACUCCGGAGGCGUGGUGGAAGGCUACGCGGCCGUGA